CAGUCGGUUGCUAGGUGUGAAUGAACUGAUGCUUUCUCACAAUUAAACCGCUCCUCAGUUUUCAGGUCGAUCACAACAAAGCAACAACUCGCCCUUUUGCACUGCCCCGGAUAUUCCGAGCUAAAACAACCAAAAAAAUAUGGCUCUUUAAAUUCUCAAGGAGUUGGACCCGAAAAGAAGUCGUGCUUUGCUUUAGCAACGCACCCCUAAGUGCUCUACAUUUUUUUCCGCAAGAAUGGAGUUUCAUUAUGCUCACCCAGCCCUGCUCUCUGUGGCCCAUCUGUCAGACCCUGCUUGCUCUCAGCAUAUGCUUGGACUUGGACUGAAUCAGAGCACCAACAGACAAAAUGAUGGCAACAUCAGCUCCUGUUUGGAAGACUCUUCGUGUCUGCCCGGCAGACCCCCUCGCUCUCUCUCACCCACAGGCUAACCACAGCCAAUCACAGGGGUGCAGGGGGGAGGUGUCAGAGGAGAGUCAGCACUUAAUUGGUGAUGGUCUUACUGACUGGAUGACAGAAGAAGUGGAUUUCUCCUCAUACCUCCCACACCCUCCUUCCCCUCCCUCCUCCACCAAUGCCUCCCUUCCCCCUUCACCCCUUCAGAAUGAUAUCCAGGUGCCCUCUGACUUGGAGGUCAUGACCUCUCUGCUGCAAGAGGAACUCGCCCAACUAGAGGACUACUUCCUGUCCGAACCACUGCCAGAGAAAGGGCCGAGGCUGGGAAAAUGCGACAGGGGUCCACUGCCUGCGGGUCCUCAGCCGUUCAGUCAGCUGCCAUACGCAUCAUACGCUGCAUCCAACCAAUCGGAAUCAAGCCCACUUCUUGUUACCCUGGCAACCGGUGAACUGGACCUCCUGAGCAUCUGUGGCGGGCCCAUUGGGCGAUCCAAAAUUCCUAGACACGCCCCAUACAGCUGCAGUCGCCCCAGUGGGUGUGGUAGGAAAAGAGUUCCUGAUGGGUUGAGGUUCAGUGAAAGCUAUGAUAACAGUUUGUUGAGUUCAAAAGGAAGUAACUCAGGUAACUCAGCAGUGACCCUGACAGGUAAUUAUAACUGCGUAGAGGACGAGCAACUGGUAGGAAAAAGCUACUGUCUGGGAAGUGCAGUUGAGGUCAGACGAUGUCCAGUUCUACCAAAAGAAGAGAAGAAUUGUUGUUUCAGCCAAGAUGUCUUAGGUGGUACAAAGAUUGUUGGUGGCGGAUUUGGUUUUGGUGGAUCACUUGAUGUUGCACAUAAGAAAGAGGAUCUAUUGAUGUACAGCAUGAGGGAGGUCAGUGCAGGUAACAACGAGGUGUUGAACAGCAUCAAGACUAGUGUGGAGGUGACAAAAGCCACUGUUUCUUGGAAAAGUGAAAGCAGUGAAGGUUGUUAUCUUCCGGCGACACCACAGUCUGAGGCCUAUCACAGCUUCUUAGGCAACGUCAACGAACAGCUCAAAGCAGAAAGUCUACAGAUAGGGCAGCAUGAUUUACACUGUAAUUUCCUUGAAGAUCAGGGCCCAGAGUGUCUUUUGUUGGCAAGGGAGAGUUUGAACUUGGAAUCUUCAGGGCACAGACAAGCAUGCAGGUUGAAGGACGACUGUCCUGUGAAAUACGAAGUGGACAUCAUUCCAGGAGAAGGCGGGGAGCGCAAACAAAAGAAAAGAGAUCAGAACAAAACUGCUGCUCACAGGUAUCGCCAGCGAAAAAGGGCGGAGCUAGAUUCUUUGGAGGAACAACUGCAUUGCCUUGAAGGAAGGAACCGGGAACUGCGGGACAAGGCAGAGUCCGUCGAACGUGAAAUCCAGUAUGUUAAAGACCUGCUGAUUGAAGUUUACAAGGCCCGCAGCCAAAGGCUCAAGCAGGACACAACUGCGUAACAUCAAGUUCCUGCAAGUACAUUUGAAGAAGGAAUAACAAGGAGAAUGUGGAGCGUUUCUGUUUUUAUGAUUGUCCAGAUAUGAAUGUUCAUUUUUUUUCUUGAUGGGUUGGGGUUGCAUGCUUUGCAAAUAAUCAUUAAUUUCUACAUUUUAAAUCAACACUAUCCAAUGCUUCCAUUUCUUUCGCACUCUUCAGAUCUAAUCCCUUCAGCCUGCACUGUGGCAUAGUAAUGCUUUAAAUGACAAUCAUUUCUAAUAGAUCUCACAAAGCGUGAAUCUAUUAAGUGAAAUAGGGUUAUUUCUGAAGAAUUAAUGUGAUUCAUAAUGCAGGUUUAGAAUUUUUAACAGCCUUACAUUAGAAUUGAUGUCAGCAAUAUAACUAAGUGUUUUUGUAUUUUAUAUUUUUAGUUAAAAUUAUUACAUUUUACAGUAGUUGUAAUAAACACAUACAGCAUAACUUAUUUUUGCGAACAUCUUGCAAACCGAAUACUUAUGUAGAAUUGCUUCCGUCUUCCCUUGAGCAGCAAAUUAAAUUUUAAUUUCAGGAAUAUUUUACAAUUAUACUGCUGUACAAUAUGUAUUGACUUUUAAAAUCGUUGGAAGAACUGCUCACGGGUGUCAAAUUUAUUCAACUGAAGUAAGAAAACCUUUCUCCUCAUAGACCUCAACAAAAUGUGAAUCUAAAACAUUUUCCUAUACAUAAAUUGGGCAGCUCAUUUCUUAUUUUUGCACUUCCUACUAAAAUCUUUCCCUAAAUGUCUAUGACUUAACAGACUUCAUCCACUGUGGGUAGAUUUAGUUUUCUUUUUUUCUUUUCUGUUUUAAUAAAUUCACAUCCAUCAUAUCUGCAUUAUUUCAAUUACCCUGAUAUUUGCACUAUUUACUUUUGAUUUAACAAGUCGUAAUAUUAUUUCACUGUGUGAUCUAGAAUUACUCUAUCUUCAGAUUAUGGUUUCCUGUGACCAAAAAUGAAAAUGCAUUAUCUUGGAAGAUUGAAAGUAGAAAUUAAUUUAUUGUGUUGUGUGUAGCAGUUUGUGAAAUUUUUUUCAUGUGCAUUUGGAAAAUAAUACAAUUGCAGCUCAGGAUAUGCAAUUUAUCCUCCAGUCCUACAAAUGCGAUUAAUGAGGAAUAAUAACAUGACAUUACAAAUUUGAACACUUUUUAAACACCCCUUAAGAGAAAGAUAUUGCAAACAGUUUUUUCUUACAUAUAAAAAUAUUGGGUUUCCUUGUGUACAAAUCCUGUAACUAGUGGGGUUUUAGGCAGCUCCAUCUGCAUGUCUUUGGAUAAAUGUACGUUUUUCUCUCUCUGAAAUAGAAAAUUUAGCAUUUCAGAUAUCAGUGGGAAUUCUUUAGGCAAUACCUUUUACAGGGCCUCUGGCUGAUCUGCACUAAUUUGUAACUACUUUUGUAUGUUCAGGGAGUGUUAGCCUUUUCUUUGGGGAAAAUUAUAUGAAAAUAUAUGUUAACUUUUUCAUACGAUUUUGUGCAGGCUUUUGCUAUGGUAGCAUCUGUGUUGUCUGAAUUCUUUUCCAACUCUUCUGUUCUCUUCUAUAUGCAACUAUGUUAAACAUGCCUGUAGCGAGGAUAAAUUUGAUUUAUGCACAUUAAGUUUUAGACAAUCUUGAAUGAACAACGCUGACUCAUGGACAUUUUUUGUAUUAUUAAUUUAUUUAAAUUUAUUCUUUCUUUCUUUCUUUUUUUUGCAAGAGGCACAUCUGGUGUCGUUUUACUCCCUGCGGUGUACUAUCAGCUUCGACUGUCAGAAACCAAAAAAAUGUUUAAUGUCAUAAUUACAAAUACUGCAAAUUAUGGCGUUUUACAAUGUUAACUUCAUUGAAUCAUUAACAUUUUCUCUGUGUGUCAUCGGCUUUUGUUUCAUUUUCAAAAUAAAGUGUGUCUUCAACUUAA